AUGUUUUUAUCUAUCUAUAUUUGUUCAUUAUCUAUAUUUGUUUAUUUUCUAUCUAUCUAUCUAUCUAUCUAUCUAUUUGUUGUUCAUUAUCGAUCUAUCUAUCUAUCUAUCUAUGUAUAUUUGUUCAUUAUAUAUAUCUAUAUUUGUUUCUAUUAUCUAUCUAUCUAUGUUUUUAUCUAUCUAUAUUUGUUCAUUAUAUAUAUAUAUAUUUAUUUACUAUCUAUCAUUCAUCUAUCUAUCUAUCUUGUCUUUUUUCAUUAUCUAUCUAUCUAUCUAUCUAUGUAUAUUUGUUCAUUAUCUAUGUUUAUUUGUUCAUCUAUGUUAUCUAUCUAUCCUUUUUAUCUAUCUAUAUUUGUUCAUUAUCUAUCUAUAUUUGUUUUAUCUAUCUAUCUAUCUAUUUUGUUCAUUAUCUAUCUAUCUAUCUAUGUAUCUAUAUGCAAGAACUUCUGGAAUCAGCAAGAAAUUGAAGAAACUUUCAAUAAAUUUAUUGGUUCUUUGAAGAAAGAAUUCUUCCCGAAGGCUAUCAAUAUGUAUUCAAAUAUCUAUCUAUCGAAAUCCCGAACUAUAGCUACACAUUGGGCGUUUAUUCAUUCUGUGACAAUAAUACAGAGAGACAUCUAUCUUAAUAUCUAUUAUCUAUCUAUCUAUCUAUCUAUCUAUCUCAUCUUUUCAUAUCUAAAUAUCCAUCUAUCUAUCUAUUUUUAUAUAUCUAUCUAUCUAUCUAUCUCAAAAAAAAAUAAUUUUUUAUCUAGAAAAGAAGCAAAUAUCUAUCUAUCUAUCUAUCUAUCUAUAAAAUCUAUAUAA